UAGUAUAUUUCUUUCAUUUUUAAUAAAAAAAAUAAAAUUAAAAAUUAAAAAUUAAAAAAAAAAUCCUCCCAAUAUGCAGAUUAAAAAUGGUACUCCGUAGGAAAGUGGACAAAAAGACAGUCGGUAGUAGCGAUGAAGAAGAUGCAACUGAGAAAAAUGCGGUGGAAUUUACAAUACAUUUUUAAAAAAUAUUAAAAUGAAAAAAAAAAAUGAAUAAUUAAAAGAAAGCAUUCUUUCUCUUUCUCAUUCUCUCUCUUUCUGGUAAAGUGUCCCAGCUCACAUCCACAUCCACAUCCAAGAGAAAGAGAGGAGAGUGAUUAUCACUACUAUUUUCUCUCUCCUCUCUCUCUUUCUUUCUCUCUCUUGCUGGUGAAAUUAAUUCACUAAUUUACACAUUACCCUUUUCAAGAAUCAUGGAAACUCCCUGAUUCUUUGUUUCUCUUUUAUUCUUGAUUUGAUUUUCUUCAUUUCUUUCUAAUUCUGCCAUUACCCCAGAUGCCAAUGCCGCAGCAAAUUCCUCUGUCUGAUACCCGAAUUUCUUCUGAAUCCAGUUAUGAAGAUCAUACGCCCCUUUAAUGGACCAAAGGAGUAGUUUCGAUAUCACUGAAUCAAAUUCUUACCAAUAAGCUUCAAGAAAUUGAAGCUAUGCCUCAAGAUGGGAGCCCUGGCCUUUGAUGCUGAUGAUGUUGGAUCAGAUAUUUAUUUUAAAUUGGGUCUGAAAGAGAAUGGAAAAGGAUCAUUGAGAACACCGAGAUUCUUGUCACUUCUAUCUUCUCUUCUUGAUAAUUAUGUCCAAAAGAAUGAAACAUUGUUGGAGACAGCACAAAUUGAAGAUGACCUUACUGUAUUUCAUGGUUUAAGAGCCCCACCUGUCAGCAUUCAACAGUAUUUUGACCGAAUGUUCAAGUAUGCAGGGUGUAGUCCAUCCUGUUUCAUCGUGGCAUAUAUUUAUGUGGAUAGAUACCUCCAACAAACGAAGACUCACCUAACUUCUCUCAAUAUCCACCGGCUUCUAGUUACUAGUGUUAUGGUGGCUGCAAAAUUUGUUGACGACGCAUCCUUUAACAAUGCAUACUAUGCCAAAGUUGGAGGUAUUAGCACUUCUGAAAUAAACAGGUUGGAGAUGAAAUUACUCUUUAGCAUAGAUUUUAGGCUUCAAGUAAACGUAGAUACAUUCAGGAGAUAUUGUUUAUUAUUGGAAAAAAAAGGCGAAGGAUGUCAAAUUGAUUGGUCAGUCAAGGCAUGUUGUGUUAAAGAUAGUUGGUCAAAAAAAAAACGAACACCCACGCAAGACUCCAGCUGCUAGAUGACCACUUGAUCACUACGAUUGUAUUGAUAAGAAGUCUUAGGAGUAGAUGCCGUGUCACAGCCUGUGUACAGUUAUUUAGCAUUGGCAGCAAGGAAUUUUGUUCAACCGAUGCCCAGUUAUGUGGAACCUACAUAUGUGGGUUAUGUAAUCCUCUCUGAUUGUACAACCGCAUUCCAUAUUCAUUUGUAAUUGUUUUUUGAGUGACCCCUCCCCCCAUAUUCUUUUGCUAGUUUUCUUUUAGUUGUAGAAGUGUCAAGAGGGCAUGAGUUCGAGUUGUAGAAAAGGCAUCCACGAAUUCUCAUUAUAUUGAUCAUAUUUCCCCAACUCUUUUGUAUCUCUAUUAUUGUAUACUAGUAAGGGUGUUCGAAGUGCAAUUUCAACAUGAACUGAUACAUUAUUGGGAGACAUUAACCAAGAUUGGAGCACUUUGGACCUCCAAAAUUUUCAGUUGGGAAGGCUCCUUCGAUUACAGGUCAUCACCAAAACAAGUGGCCUACAGAAGUCUACUUUCCAAAUUAAAUGGUAUUGUAAAGAUAUAAUUACGGGCUUUUUCCGAUUUACUGAAAACAAGUUUGAACUAAACUGAACUAAACUAAAUU